CACAACUCCGUGUCCAAGCUCGCGCUGCGCCGCCAAAGCUUUGAAGUCGCUACUAGGGUUUAUCGCCUCCACUCAUCAAGCGCCUAGCUAGGGUUUUGCUUGGUCCAGUCGGGAGAGGGAGGCGAGAUGCUGCGUCGGAACACGCGGCUCCGUCGGGAGUACCUCUACCGGAAGAGCCUCGAGGGGAAGGAGCGUCAGCACUACGAGAAGAAGCGCCGCGUCCGGGAGGCGCUCGAGGAGGGCAAGCCUAUCCCGACCGAGCUUCGCAACGAGGAGCUCGCCCUCCGCCGCGAGAUCGACCUCGACGACCAAGACCGCGCAGUACCGAGGAGCAUCAUAGAUGACGAGUACGCCGGCGCCACGCUCCGCGAGCCCAAGAUUCUCUUGACCACAUCCCGUAACCCGAGUGCGCCCCUGACUCAGUUUGUUAAGGAGCUGAAAGUUGUAUUUCCGAACUCACAGAGGAUGAACCGUGGUGGUCAGGUGAUUUCAGAAAUCGUUGAGUCCUGCCGAUCACACGAGAUCACUGAUCUUAUUUUGGUGCAUGAGCAUCGUGGCCAGCCUGAUGGUUUGAUUGUGUGUCAUCUACCAUUAGGUCCAACUGCAUACUUUGGGUUACUCAAUGUGGUAACACGACAUGAUAUCAAAGAUAGGAAGGCCAUGGGAAAAAUGUCAGAAGCUUACCCUCAUUUGAUACUGGACAACUUCACAACGAAGACUGGUGAAAGGACUGCCAAUAUAAUGAAGCAUCUCUUUCCUGUGCCGAAGCCGGAGUCAAAGCGUCUAAUCACUUUUGCUAAUAGAGACGACUAUAUCUCUUUCAGGCAUCACAUCUACGAAAAACAUGGUGGCCCCAAAUCCAUUGACCUGAAGGAGGUUGGGCCCCGUUUUGAGUUGCGACUCUACCAGAUCAAACGAGGAACUGUGGACCAAAGUGAAGCGCAGAACGAGUUUGUGCUACGGCCGUACAUGAAUACUGCUAAGAAGCAGAAAUCGCUUGGGGUUUGAGUUGAUUUUGACGUGCACAGCAAUUUUGAGUUCUGUUUUGUACUUGUAAUAUUAUAGCCGGAUGCUUUUGAUGCAUCUGCAAAAUCUUAAAAGGGUGUUCAAAGCAUAGUUGGCGUGUUGAAAUGUGAUGCUUUUCUGAGAGAAUGAGGAUCAUUGGUUGGCAUGGUA